GGUUGACAAUGGUAGAAGUUGUGAGUAACAAUUUUGAGGAUCUUUUUCCGGAGAUCAAAGAAGCGAUCGAGCAAAGCGCUUUCGUUGCUAUUGAUACAGAGUUUACAGGCCUCUAUACCACUGAUGGUUCUCAGCCAAGCUUGUUUGAUGAUCCUGAAGCACGAUACAAAAAAUUAAAGAAAACUGCAUCACAGUUUCUGAUCAGCCAGUUUGGAUUGACUGCCUUUGUUCAGUCCAAAGAUGAUUCUAACAGAUAUGUUGCACAUACGUACAACUUCUUUUUAUUUCCAAAUUCAUUCGGACCCUUAGAUGUCAGAUUUCUCUGUCAGGCUUCAAGUCUGGAAUUCUUGUGUCAGCAUAACUUUGACUUCAAUAAGUUUAUUUAUAAUGGACUGUCCUUCUUAAAUAAUGAUCAGUUGUUGCUGGUACAAAAAUUCCACAAAAACCAUAAUCUUUAUUCAAGUGUCCAAUCACAAACCUUAAGGAUCAUAGAUGACAAUGUUCUGGCUGGAUAUUGUGCAAGGCUGGAGGACUGGAUCUUGACAGCACAGGCUGGAGAUGAAAUUGAAUUUAGUCCUGGCAGUUGUAAGUNCCAGUAUCUUCUUCUGGAGGAAAUAAGAACAAGAUUUACAGGCAUCCAGUGUACAAUCAAGAGACAGUAUAAGAUGCUAAUAACAAAACUGCCUGCAACAAACUCUGGGUUUGAUGGAGAGAGUAACACAUAUCUACUUUCUCAAGAACAAGAAAAAAUCUUGAAUGCAUUGUUGGGGUUUUCCAGAGUUUUCCAGGUUCUAGCAUCAUGUAAAAAGCCUCUUGUAGGACACAACGUUUUAACGGACUUGUUGCUAGCUUACGAGAAAUUUCAUGAACCUUUACCAGAGAAUUUUAAAGAUUUUAAACUAGAACUUCAUGGACUUUUUCCAGUGGUUUACGACACUAAAUUUAUUGCCUUUGAAAUUCGGGGGAAUCCGGGUUUAUCACAGUGCAACUUCUUUGAUGACACAAACUUAGAAAAGCUUCACGGUGUGCUUUCAAGUAACGAGGGACAGUACUUUGCUCUGUUCGCACCCUCGAUAGUAUUUUCAGAAAAAUGUCACAGAUACCUCGACGAGAAAAUGCCUCACGAAGCUGGUUAUGAUUCAUUCCUCUCUGGCUUUGUUUUUCUUCGGAUGGCGCAUAUGCUGGCAUACAGGGAAUCGAAGUGA